AUGGCCCCAUCACGCACCAUGACGGGAGACACUUUCAUGGAUGAGAAGCAACCACAUACACCAGCUUCUCCAACGAACACGGAUACAUCUACGUUACGAGGCGAUGCAUUUAUUGAGAUCGGAGAGAUUUACGCGCCAACUUCAGAAACGUCUCCAGAUGUACCCCCAUCGUCAGCUGGAGAGGCUGCACAGCCUGAAGAUGAGAAGCGGCCUGGAUUUCUGCGACGUGUCACAGGAUCAUUCAAGUCUACACCAGACCCUGUGCUCGUGACCGAGACAAAGACACGAACCUUGGAAAAUGCACCCAACGGCUUUCCCAGGCUGGCUGCAUUCCAGGCAAGUGAUGCCAAUUUUGGUCUGUAUCGAUCGUACAGCUAUCUGCAUUCUCGUAUCUUGCUCGACUUGCAAAGUGAGAUCACCGAGCUUGAAGAAAAGCUCGAUCAGAUUGAUUGGGAUGAGGUUGAGGCAGACGAAGACCGCCCACGUUUCAGGGCAGCCGAAGAAGAAGAUGGCACUCAGGUUCGAAGAACUAUUCUUCGUGAGAUCAAAGCCAAGCUGAUGGAAUAUGACGAAGUCCUCAUUAAUGUCCGCAGGCUUGAGACGUUCCAAAGGCCAUCUGAACGUGAUUAUCGCAGCGUCCGUCGCUACCACAACAACACAAAACCGCUCAUGGAUGGUGAGAUGGAGUCAAUUCGUAGCAAGGAAGACAUCGUAUCCAUCAGCACCGGCCGUGAACGAGCGGCCUUCGAUGGCGGUGUCGAGACAUUGAUAGGUCAGGUCGACAGUACCAUGAAAAAGGUCUUCAACCUUCAACAAGGCCCACUUCUGGUAAGCACCGCACUCGAAUUUCGACGAAGAAGACUGUUGACCCUGGCCUUCCAAUAG